GACUUUCAGCAGCAACUGCUAAGAUUCCAGCAUCUACACUCCCAGGAAACCUCCACCAGCAGGUGUCGCCCACACGCAAUCCUGGUUACAUUCUAUUCAGGACAGUCCUUUUGUGAUACUAUUCUUUUGGUAUCCUUAUAUUCUUUCUCAUUUUCUUAUUCGUGAAGUGGCUUGGGCCCGCUGUCUCCUCUCAUUUUCUCUACAUCUACACUGAUUCGACUAUUUAUCACCUAUUCCUUCCUUCCCUCAAAACCUAACAUUGAAACGAUCCUUAUUACCCUUCAAAUGAAGUUUUCAAAUCUCUUUGCUGCUGCAGUCGCUGCCUUUGGUCUGGUGCGCUCAGGUUGCAGCCAAAUAGUCAAGCACAGGCCCUCAGAAGGUGCAGGUGUCUCCUAUAGCAUCAAUGUACCUAAGAAUACCUCUUCAACGGGCUCUGGCCCCAUCUUUCUCCAAUUACAGGCACCACCUGGUGUCAAAUGGUUUGCCCUAGGUCAGGGGUCGCAAAUGACAGACGGGAACCUGUUCAUCGUCUAUGCGGCAUCCAGACACAAUGUCACCUUGUCCACUCGGAGGGCAACCGGUCAUGUGCAACCUCUUUAUGACCCGAGUAUCGAGGCAUAUCUUCUCGACGGCUCUGGUAUCCACGACGGGGUCAUGACCGCUAACAUCCGUUGUGAUAACUGCACAACACUUGCUAAUGGAGAGAGUGCACUGGGCAACUCCAGCUCCUGGAUGUGGGCCCUGACGCAUGGCCCUCCGAUGAUGUCCAGCAACGUAUCCCAGCUGUUAUACCAACAUGACUGGCACGGCACUUUCACCCUGAAUACCACUUGGGCUGUUGGGGGUAACAAUACCAACCCCUUCGUUGUCCCGAUGGCAACCAUGCACGAGCUGUCGGCAUACACUCACCAGCAGCAAGUCAGCGAUACCAUUCUCCAUAAGAAACGAAUCGCCCAUGGCGUGAUGACUUCAGUGGCCUUCGUCCUUCUCUUCCCCAACUUCGCUCUUCUUUUGUACAUCGUCCCUUCUCGGCGUACAGUAGCCUGGAUCCAUGCUCCUCUGCAGCUUUUUGCUGUGCUCCUAGCGUUAGCUGGGUUUGGAGUCGGUGUCUCUGUCUCCAAAGAUCUGCAGGAGAUUGGAGGCUACCACCCGGUCAUUGGUUAUGUGGCGGUCGUGGGUGUUGUUUUGAUCCAGCCAGUACUGGGCAUCAUGCAACAUCUCCACUUCCGCAAGACAGGGACAAGUUCGCUAUAUGGCGUCUCCCAUCGUUACCUAGGACGUUUUUUCGCGGCCCUGGGAGUCAUCAAUGGCGGAGUAGGGUUUCAUUAUGCCACUGCCAAGAAUCCUGAUAUCCCUCCGGCUUCCCCUAUUGCUUAUGGUAUAAUAUGUGGGUCGAUGUUCAUCAUCUAUGUCUCCGUCAUCUUCUGGAGGAGAUCGAAGUCGGCAUCCAAGACCGCGAGGUUCAGUUUACCCUUCUUCCGACGGCGACAAGAGAAAGCGCCGAUCGCCAAACUUGAAAAUAACAGCGACAGCACACUUUGUGGAAGUGGAGUUGUUGAGACGUCACGGGAGAAGUCAUGGGUGCCAUGAAGUUCCCGCAGAAUAUCACGAUCAUUAUCAGCAUUUUGUACUACCAAGCGUACAUUUUCGUUGGGUCUUGCAUAUCCGGAGUUCGUCGUACUACAGCAUCUUGCCAUCCUUCAUUCGUUUCCGAUUUUCUAUUCUCACC